CAAGCACAUGCGCAUAGUAUGUGGUUCCGUACCCUUCCUCGUUGGAAGGGCCUGCCUGCCUUGUCUAGCUGUAUCUGUCUACUUCCCAAAUCUCAGAUUCAUACUAAAAACCCAACAUUUCCGACUUCAGUGACUCGCUCGGUCUUAAUGAGUCAAAGGUUUAUAGAGUGAAGUGAAGUGAAAAUGAGAGUUGAUCAAGAAGAAGAGACUUGCAAAUCAAAAAGAGAGAUUCUGAUCAGAGAAUUGUCGUUGAAGCUUAAUAAUAGAGAUGAAUUUCUACAAGUUAAAAUCCAAGCAGCUAAAGAUAUUAGAAAGAUUGCUAAAUCUUCUGUUAAGGCUCGUUCUUGUUGUGGAGUUGCAGGGAUUGUACAACCUUUGAUUUCUAUGAUUUCUUGUUCGAAUUUAGAAGCUACUGAAUCUGCAUUGCUCGCUCUUCUCAAUAUCGCUGCCCGGAAUGAACGAAACAAAGUCAUAAUAGUGACAUCAGGUGCGGUUCCGUCUCUGGUCGAACUUCUUAAAUCCCAGAAUGGUCAUUUAAGAGAUUUAGCUACUGCAGCAAUUUUGACACUCUCAUCUUCACCUUCUAAUAAACCAACAAUUGCGAUUUCUGGAGCUAUACCUCUUCUAGUUCAGACUCUCAGCUCUAGUAGUGUCCAAGGAAAAGUAGACGCUGUCACAGCUUUAUACAAUCUCUCUACCUGCACAAAAAAUUCGACUCCUGUUAUCACGGCUGAAGCAGUUCCUCCUUUGCUUACCCUACUCCAAGAGUGCAAAAAAUACUCCAAAUUUGCUGAGAAAACAAGUGCGUUACUCGGAAUCUUGGCCAACUCCGAAGAAGGACGGUUAGCAAUUUCGGACUCUACUAUGGGAAUUCUGACAUUGGUUGAAACUGUGGAAGAUGGAUCUUUAAUCAGUACUGAGCAUGCAGUUGGAGCGCUGCUGUCUUUAUGCUGGAGUUGCAGAAAUAAAUAUAGAGAACUUAUCCUGAAAGAAGGUGCAAUUCCAGGUCUCUUGCGAUUAACAGUGGAAGGCACAGGAGUAGCUCAAGAAAGAGCUCGAACACUGCUUGAUUUGCUCAGAGAUUCUCCGCAGAAGAGAUUGCCGGCAUCUUCAUUGUUAGAGAGUAUUAUUUCGGAUAUCGCUCUCAGGGUGGAUGGGGCAGACAAAGCUGCUGCUGAAACAGCUAACAGGUUAUUACUAGACAUGGUUCAGAGAGGCAUGGAACUCAGCAUUUGUCACCUCCAGCUUAAGGCUGCAUCUUUUACACCUUCACAGUAACCAUCUGUAUGGAACUUCUCUAAUUUGAUAGAUUUCAAUAAGCCAGUUGAAGCUAUCCCAGUUGUAUCACUUACGCCUGUGAGUCAUUGCCACAAUCGAGUAAACGGCUCAAAUAGAAUGCAAAUAUUUAGUUCGCAAUAAUGGAAGUGUGCUUGCAA